ACUCAUACCUCUUCGCUUGGAAAAUGGGGUUUUACCAUCCAUCCCACUAUUGCGGGCCCCCAUUUGGAAUUUAUCUAGCGUCUCCAAGUCAAGGUCGGACAUUUCCGUUACUCGAUGACGCACUCUGCGGGGGCCAAAUUCACGAAAUGUCGCCCACGUCUCUGGAGGGACUGCGAGAGGGACAAAGAUUAUUGGAAAUAUUGCUGAGGGGAGUGGAGCGGACUGGCCACAGCAAAUUGUUACCAACGCGUCGAAGGGACCUGACUCUCGUCCUGGUUCCCUCAGAACGGAAGCUCCUGGGCUAUUAUCAUGGUUAAGAAAGGAUUCGACAGAUUUUUGCUCGGCAAAAUGUGAGGUACUCCGUCUUGACGGAUGACGGGCAGUAUAUUUACGUUCAGCCCAAAGGAGUUUCAUGCCCGGUCCUCAAACCGGUUUGGCGCUUCAAGGAGGAUCGUGGAAGCAAAUUCCACAAGAUGAUAUGGAGUAUUUCUCUCAUAUGAACUUCGAGGCCGGCAAAGGCCCAUACAGUUGGAUGAACAGUGUUGCCAUUAGAUGCAUAGCAUCAGUUAAUGGAGAACUUAUCGUUGACUUUUGGCGGUUGAGGGAUUUUCCAGGAGUAGAGGCUGAAGAGGUUGUCGCGACCCCAGACGAAGUACGAAAAGAAAAAUAGUAGAACAUAAUGUUGGCAUUAUAUCAUGACUAUGUGGAGAGUGCACUGUAUUCUUACGGCGAGACAUGAUAACGAACAGA